CAGCAGAUAGCCAGGCAUCAUGUCGAUGGUGAAGGUGUUGCAAUUUGUGAACGGGCUCAAGUCCCGCAACAAGGAUGUGCAAAACAAAGCGAUCAAAGAUCUGUCGCUGUACGUCAAGACGGAGCUGCGCGAGACGCCGGACGAUCUGUUUUUUGAGGAUUUCAACCACCACAUCUUCGAGAUGCUCGCCAGCCCGGAUAACAACGAGAAGAAGGGAGGAAUAUUGGCCAUCGAUUGUCUUAUCAACGGUGACGUCGUUAAUACGACGAACAAAAUUUCCCGCUACUCCAACAAUCUGCGCAACCUGCUGCCCGUGAGCGAUGUUUGCGUGAUGGAGCUGGCGGCGAAGGUGCUGGUAAAGCUGGCCCUGCUACCCGGCUCAAACGGUGCCAGCUCAUUCGAGUUCGAUAUUAAGCGUGCCUUCGAGUGGCUGUCGGAGGAUCGGGUAGAAAACAAGCGGCAGGCGGCAGUGCUGGUGCUACGCGAACUAGCUGUUGCUAUGCCAACGUUUUUUUACCAGCAAGUGGGCAGCUUCUUCGAUCACAUAUUUGUCGCCAUAAAGGAUCCCAAAGCGGCCAUCAGGGAAGGGGCGGGCCAAUCACUGCGUGCCGUAUUGAUCGUGACGUCACAGCGCGAAGGAACCAAGCAAAACAACAACACCCAGUGGCACAUGAACUGUUACGAUCAGGCGUUCGAGUGUUUGCGUGACACGGUGGGACGCGAGAAGAAUUUAAAUCGAGACGAUCGUGUGCAUGGUGCGUUGAUCGUGUUUAACGAAAUUCUUCGCUGCUCGCAUGCGGCGUGGGAGAAAAAGUAUGUACAGCUGGAUAGUUUGCAUGUGGAGCAGAAGCGCACGGUUCGGGGACAGCGUGAAGACGAAGCGGCACGUGGUUUCUUUCCACGUAUCCGUGUGCCUUUUAUGGAAAAACUCGGAACCAGUUCGGGGCAUGGGUCGGUUAGUUAUAGCUCACGCUAUUACGAUGUUGUGACGGAUUUAAAGUUUUUCCGCCAGACCAGUAGUGUACAGGAGUCGGCACUGUAUCGUGCGUUGGUGAAGGAAAAAUAUGACACCAUCUGUCAGGCGGUGCUUGAUCAGCGUAGUUCGAAAUCACCCUACGUCAUCCAAACACUAUUGGCCAUCUUCCCUCGGCUGGCCGCAUUCAAUCGAGAGGAGUUCGUGAGACUGCAUCUUCGUACGGUGGCAAACUAUCUGCUGACGCUGCUGCGCAGCAAAGAAAAGGAACGAAAUGCUGCCUUUAUAUCGCUCGGGUAUAUUGCCGUUGCGGUGGAGAAGGAAAUCGAACCGUACACGAAGCGCAUUAUGGAGCUGAUUGGAACCGCACUGCCACCGAAGGAUACACCGAGCAAGCGGAAAACCCCUGUAGAUCCGUCAGUAUUUAUGUGCGUUAUGUUGCUAGGACACGCGCUGAAGGGUGGUAUUACCCAUGAAGUGAAGGAAAUCAUAGCACCCAUGCUGUCGACGGGCCUCAGCCCGGCACUGAUCGUUUGUCUACGGGAACUGUGCGAGACAGUACCGCAAGCGCAGCCCGAAAUAACGGCCGGUCUGUUGAAGAUACUGUCGUAUGUGCUGAUGAACCGGCCGCUACCCCAAUUUAUCGUACCGAAGUCCCAUUCGGUUGCGUCGCCCGCGUUCCUAAGUACGCUCGAGCAGCAACAUCAGUCGCAACCUCAACAGCAGCAGCAACAAGUUCACGAUACUGCAACGAUCGUGCUAGCACUUCAAACGUUAGGAACGUUCAGCUUCGAAGGAUGCAGUCUGCUUCAGUUUGUACAGCGUUGUGCGGAUCAUUUUCUGAACAGCGAGCAGCAAGAGAUCCGCAUCGAGGCAGUCCACACGUGCACGCUGCUGUUAAAGCUGGCACUGCAGGCAGCCGACAGCAAUGGGAAUGACGUGUCCGAAACGCUAACGCAAACGCUCAGCUCGGUGUUGGAGAAAAUUCUGGUCGUUGGCAUCACGGACGUGGAUCCUGCUGUGCGGCGGCGAGUGUUGAAAUCACUGGACGAAAGCUUCGACACACAACUGGCCCAACCGUGGUUCCUCAGUUCGCUGCUGGUUACCAUCCACGAUGAGGUGUUUGAAAUACGCGAACUCGCGAUCAUCAUAAUUGGUCGGCUGGCGACGAUAAACCCUGCCUACGUAAUGCCAAGUCUACGCAAAACGAUGGUCCAGCUGUUGACGGAGCUGGAACACUCGGGCGUCAGUCGCAACAAGGAGCAGAGUGCGAGGAUGCUGGAUCAUCUGAUUGUUAGUACACCCAGGUUGGUGGCGUCGUACAUGCGCCCGAUACUGACAAUACUGGUGCCAAAGCUAAAGGAACCCGAUCAGAACCCGAGCGUGGUGUUGAACGUGCUGCGCGCUAUCGGCGAUCUUGCCGAAGUGAUCGGUGGUCAUCAUGUACUGAAGAAGUGGUCGGAUGAACUGUUGCAGCUGCUGCUCGACAUGCUGAGUGAUGCGGGCUCGACGGAGAAGCGUGCCGUUGCGCUGUGGACGUUUGGGCAGCUUGUCAGUGCCACGGGGCAGGUGGUUGUGCCGUACAAUAAGUACCCGAAUUUGAUAGACAUAUUGAUAAACUUCCUGAAAACCGAACAGCAGCUGUACGUUCGUCGGGAAACGAUUCGCGUGCUCGGAUUGCUUGGCGCGCUCGAUCCGUACAAGCACAAGAUGAACCGGGGUCUGAUCGAUAGUCAGACGAGCGCCAACAUUCUUAUCUCUGUCGACACGAAAAGCGACGAACCGACGGACCUUUCCACGUCGGAAAUGUUGAUCAACAUGAGCACGCAGCUGGACGAAUACUAUCCGGCGGUGGUAAUAUCGACGCUGAUGAAAAUUCUUCGCGACCCAACACUAUCCAAUCAUCAUCUGAGCGUUGUGCAGGCUAUUACGUUCACGUUUACCAGUCUCGGUAUAAAGGGUGUACCGUAUCUGUCGCAGGUGUUGCCCUGUCUGUUGCGGAACAUCGUUACAGCCGAGAUGAGCCUUAAGGAGUACCUGUUUCAGCAGCUGUCAACGUUAAUAUCGAUCGUGAAGCAGCACAUUAUUGGUUUCAUGGACGAUAUUUUCGAGCUGAUCAAGACGUUCUGGACCACCGGCGGCAAUCAGGGUGGUGGAGGUGGUGGAGGGGGUGGUGGCGGAACAACAUCAUCCACGACUUCAACAGCCUCAUUGCAGCCGACCAUCAUAAAUCUGGUAGAAAAAAUCGCCAUCGCGCUUGGAUGUGAGUUUAAGGUGUAUCUACCUCAGUUGAUGCCGCAAAUAUUGCGUGUUCUGCUGCACGAUACUUCGAAAGAUCGAGCCGUUACGGUAAAGCUGCUGGGUGCGAUGCGCAACUUUGGCAACAAUCUGGACGACUAUCUGCAUCUGAUUAUACCGGCGAUUGUGAAGUUGUUCGAGCCGAUGGAUAUACCGCUAAACGUUUCGAUUACUGCCCUGCAAACGAUCAACUACCUGGCGGAGGUGUUGGAUUUUACCGACUUUUCUUCACGCAUCGUACAUCCGUUGGUGCGCGUUUUGGACAAUUAUCCGGAGCUGCGACCGGUAGCGCUGACGACACUCUGCUCGAUAAUGAUUCAACUGGGACGCAAAUAUUUGGUGUUUGUACCGCUCGUGAAUCGGGUUAUGAUUAAGCACAAGAUCCCUUCGGUUGAGUAUACGAAGUUGUUGACCAAGCUGCAGAACAACAGUACGCUUGCGAUGGACGACGAGUUCCGCAUACGGCAGGCGCGCAAUCGUAAUCGAGAGAUAUCGCUCCCGAGUGACAGCACGAUCAAAAAAUUCCCCGUGUCCAUGUCCGAUCUGGAGGCAAUGUUUAAGGCGAAUCGGCGCGUCUCGAAGGAUGAUUGGUUGGAGUGGUUACGGCGGCUUAGUAUCAUUUUGCUUAAAGAGUCAAAAAAUCCAGCCCUGCGAUCGUGCGCCACACUGGCCCAAAACUAUCCGCAGCUGUUGAAAGAUUUGUUCAAUGCAGCGUUUGUGUCCUGCUGGUCGGAUCUGUCGGAUAAGUUGAAACAAGAUCUCGCACACAGCCUUACCCAAGCGCUGACGGUGCAAGACCUGCCCGAAAUUACACAAACGGUACUGAAUUUGGCCGAAUUUAUGGAACACUGCGAAAGCUAUCCGCUGAAGAUCGAUUCCAAGAUUUUGGGCGAACGUGCGAUGGAAUGUCGUGCGUACGCAAAAGCACUUCACUAUAAAGAAGAAGAGUUCCACCAAACGGAGGAACACCAUCAGUCGCUGUUUGAGUCACUAAUCCUGAUCAACAAUAAGCUACAGCAGAAAGAGGCUGCCGAAGGUUUGUUGGAGUACGCCGGCCGACAUCGUUCCAGUGCCGAGGAGAUGAAGGUUCAGGUACGAUGGUACGAGAAGCUUCAUAGCUGGGAACAGGCACGGGCCCUUUACAAUGAGAAGCUAAAGUCGAAUCCGAACGAUUUAGAAUCGCGGUUGGGCGAAAUGCGUUGUCUGGAGGCGUUGGGUGAAUGGUCCGCACUGAACACGGUAACAACGGAAAAUUGGGAUACGCUUGGUUCGGAAGGACAGAGCAAGGCGGGCAGGCUGGCGGCAGCAGCUGCCUGGGGUUUGCAGGACUGGGAAGGUAUGCAUCGGUUCGUCCGAUGCAUUCCCGAGGACACGCAGGACGGUGCGUUCUAUCGGGCGGUGCUGGCGGUACACAACGAACAAUAUGAGCUGGCGCAAAGUUUGAUCGAUUCGACGCGCGAUCUGCUCGACACGGAACUGACCGCUAUGGCGGGAGAAUCGUACGAGCGAGCGUACGGUGCGAUGGUAUGCGUACAGAUGCUGGCCGAACUGGAGGAAGUGAUCCAGUACAAGCUGAUCCCGGAACGGCGCGAAACGAUCAAAUCGAUGUGGUGGGAUCGGUUGCUCGGUGGCCAGCGGCUCGUCGAGGAUUGGCAGCGUGUUAUACAGGUGCAUUCGCUGGUACUUUCGCCGAAGGAAGACAUUCGUACGUGGCUAAAGUUUGCCUCGCUUUGCCGAAAGAACGGUUCGUUAAAGCUGUCGGAAAAGACGCUCGUCAUGCUGCUCGAGUAUGACCCGAUGCAGAACCUGAGCGAAGCGCUUCCGAUCGAUAAACCGCACGUAACGUUCGCCUACACCAAACAUCUCCAUAUGGCCGGUUACACGAAGGAAGCGUACGAUCAUCUUAAUCGCUUUUUGGCUGCGUUCAGUCCGCAAGCAUUCACGGCAAGUAGCGGCGCCGGUGGACAGGAUGAUUUGAAGGACGAGAAUAGACGACUGUUGGCACGUUGCUUCCUCAAGCUGGGCCUGUGGCAGAAUAGUUCCACCAGUGGCAAUCUGCUCAAGGAGCAUCUGGUGAAUGGUAUUCUCAUGUGUUACAGUAGAGCUACAAAGCACGAUUCCAACUGGUAUAAGGCGUGGCACAAUUGGGCGUACAUGAACUUUGAAGUGGUGCAGGCAAAGAAGCAACAGGAAGAGUACACCAAAAAUCCGGGCAGUGCGGCCGAGCGCACGAUGAUCAAACAUUACGCCGUACCGGCCGUACGAGGCUUCUUCCAGUCGAUAAAUCUUUCGCAGGGCAAUUCCUUGCAGGAUACAUUACGGCUACUCACGCUCUGGUUCGAUCACGCCCAGUACGAGGAGGUGUACGAAGCGCUGGUUGAAGGGAUGCGUGUGAUCGAUAAGAAUACGUGGCUCCAGGUAAUACCGCAGCUGAUCGCACGUAUCGACACGCCGCGCAAUCUUGUCGGACAGCUAAUCAAUUAUCUGCUAACAGAAAUUGGUAAAACACACCCGCAAGCGCUCGUCUACCCGCUUACUGUGGCAUCAAAAUCGGCCCCGGCCACACGCAAACAAGCGGCACACAAAAUUCUAAACAACAUGUGUGAACAUUCAAACACGCUGGUCACUCAGGUGAUACUGAUCAGCGAAGAGUUGAUACGGGUGGCGAUUCUGUGGCACGAACAGUGGCACGAAGGGUUGGAAGAAGCAUCGCGGUUGUACUUCGGGGAGCACAAUGUAGAUGGGAUGUUUGCGACGCUGGAACCGCUGCACGCGAUGCUGCAGCGCGGGCCACAAACGUUGAAAGAAUCGUCCUUCAAUCAGGCUUACGGGCGUGAUUUGUCCGAGGCGCAGGAAUGGUGCAGGAAUUAUAAGGUUUCGAAGAACAUUCGUGAUUUAAAUCAAGCGUGGGAUCUUUACUACCACGUGUUCCGGCGCAUUUCCCGCCAACUGGUACAGCUUACCUCGCUGGAGCUGCAGUACGUUAGUCCGAAGCUGCUUGCCUGCCGAAACCUGGAGUUGGCAGUCCCUGGCAGCUAUACACCGGGCCAGCAACUCAUCUGUAUAGCAAGCAUCGAAACGAACCUUACGAUAAUCAGCUCGAAGCAGCGUCCAAGGAAGCUAUGCAUUCGUGGUUCGAAUGGCAAAAACUACAUGUUCCUGCUGAAAGGCCACGAAGAUUUGCGUCAAGACGAGCGCGUGAUGCAACUGUUCGGGCUGGUCAACACACUGCUACUGAACGAUCGGGACACGUUCCGGCGCAAUCUAACAAUACAACGGUAUGCUGUCAUACCGCUCAGCACCAACUCGGGUCUAAUCGGAUGGGUACCGCACUGUGACACACUUCACAAGCUAAUCCGCGAUUAUAGGGAUUCGAAGAAGAUGAUGCUAAACAUUGAGCAUCGGAUCAUGCUACGGAUGGCACCGGAUUACGACCAUUUGACGGUGAUGCAGAAAGUCGAAGUGUUUGAAUACGCGCUCGAUCAAACGAAGGGUGACGAUUUGGCGAAACUGCUCUGGCUGAAGAGUCCUUCCUCCGAGCAGUGGUUCGAUCGACGUACAAACUAUAUUCGAUCGUUGGCCGUUAUGUCAAUGGUGGGUUACAUCCUGGGACUUGGCGAUCGCCAUCCAUCGAACUUGAUGUUGGAUCGGUUGAGUGGAAAAAUUCUACAUAUUGAUUUCGGCGAUUGUUUCGAGGUGGCGAUGACGCGAGAAAAGUUUCCAGAGAAGAUUCCCUUCCGGCUGACGCGUAUGCUAAUUAAUGCGAUGGAGGUGACCGGAAUCGAAGGCACGUACCGGCGUACAUGCGAGAGUGUAAUGCACGUGUUGCGUCGCAACAAGGACAGCUUGAUGGCGGUACUGGAAGCGUUCGUGUACGAUCCGUUGCUUAACUGGCGUUUACUAGAUUCGGAUCGAUUGCGCCGCUCGAAGAAUGCGGGCGAUAUGGACAGUGUUACGGGAAGUAUGCACGACGACGAUUCGAUCCUGAGCUACAACGCCCGAAGAGACGCUCGAUUGAAUGAGCUAAAUGCCGGUAAUGGAGGCACAGCGAUACCGGUUGGGGGUGGUGGUGGUGGGCCUGGUCAGGCAUCGGCCAUUGUAAAUGUUCCUUCGGGCGGUGCCAAAGCCGCCAUUCCCGUGCCUUCUGGUGUUUCAGCUGCUGUACCUGCUGGAGGUGACGCACCGGAUGGGAACUAUCCGGCCCUGCAGAACCCAGUCGAUGUGACGAACAAGAAGGCCCGUGCGAUUGUGGACCGUGUGAAGGAUAAGCUGACCGGUAAAGAUUUCGGCAAAGCGGAACCAGUGGCCGUCAAUCGGCAGAUUGAUCUGUUGAUUCAGCAAGCAACGAGCAACGAAAAUCUCUGCCAGUGCUACAUCGGCUGGUGUCCAUUUUGGUAAACGGCUCAAGCCGUAAGUGUGUGUAUGUGUGUG